UCGAAAGGGAUAUUUAUAUUAAUAAUAAUACAUUUUAUUUGCCAGAUGCUUUUCAGGACACACAAUGACAUCUUACAUAAAAUCGAGUGCUGUACUAAAAUCUAUUUUAAUUUAGGCUUAUAUAAUUAAUUUGAAUUAUUAUUGAUUAUUUACUGUUAAACUAAUUUUAAAAAACUAAACAAUCAGCUUAUCAAUUUCUAAAUAAAGGGUGGGUUCUGUUAUCGUCAUUUAACAUUCAAACAGGUUCUGGCUUGUGUCACUUCAUACUGAUACCAUGUGCUGUAAACCGUAGCUAUUGCUGUGUUGGCUAAGCUACACUGUGUAGGCUACUCACUGUUAGCUAGCUAAGACUCACUAGUCAACUUAGCUAGCAAAAACAAGUAAAAUGGCCAAACAAAGCUCAGUGUACAUUUUUUAAAAGAGACCGUGCAUAGAAGAGGAUGUUGGAGAAUUUGCCAAGUUAUUUGAUAUCAGUGAUUUUGACAUGAAGGCCGGCCAGUCCCCCUGUAUCAAUCACUGAUUGCAUUGGUCUAAUCAAGGGCCUUAAAGAGAUUUUCAGUACAUUCAGAGACAACGAUCAGCACUUCAACAAUGUUUUCAUUCAACACUUUCAGAAAUCAUGCUCUUAACCACUAGACUGUAUCAGAGCAUCAUGUUCUAGUCUAAUAGGUCUAUGGUUUAUUAUGUGCCAUCAACAGAUUUCUGCCUACGCCACUGGAUGGAGGCAUUGUCAUCCUAUAGCCAAAAUAAUGGCCUGGACAGCAUUUUAUACAUGACCCUAAGCAUGAUAGAAUGUUCAUUGCUUGAUUAACUCAGGAGCCACACCUGAGUGGAAGUGCUUUCAAUAUACUUUGUAGGCCUUCCCUCAUCAACUCGUGUUUCCAUUAUUUUGGCAGUUAUAUAUAUAUAUAUAUGUAUGUGUGUGUGUGUGUGUGUGAAUUAACCAUAAGGUAUUGGUGUAUAAUAACCAUUUAAUAACCACAUCAGUAAAGAGCAAUUCAAAAACCAUUGUAAUUUGUCUUUUAUUUGCAGUUUAUCUACUGCACUGUGAAGUGUUUGCAGAGCCAGAGGAUAUGGUUGAUGUCCACUGAAUAGUUAAACACCUCACUUCAUUGUCUCAAAAAUGACUGUAAAAAUUUAAUGAAAACGAGCCAGGGGAUAGGUUGAUGUGCACGGAAUAGUUAAACACGUUACUUAAUUGUCUCUGUAAACGUGUAAUGAAAACGAUUGGUUGAUAAAAAGUAAACAUAUUAAACAUGCAGCUUGUCUGCAGUUAUUUGGUCAGGCCUCUUCGCUCCAGCUUUGACCAAUACCUGACAGUGACUCGAGAGGUUUCUAAACAUCGCACAUCCCGGAAUGUACCAAAGCCGGGGGUGGCAGUGAGACAAGAGAGAAUAAUACUUUCAGAUUUGAACACUGAAUGCAAGAAACAGGUUUACCCACCACGGUUGACUCGUUUAUUCAUGAAGACGUUUAAGUGACCUUGUGAGGGGCUUUUAUAGCUUGUGAAGAUAAAUCCUGCUCCUAAGCGGUCGUAGCUAUUCACCCCCCUUCCCCUAAGAGCAGGAAGUGCACUCUCCUAGCUCCGCUCGUGUGCAUUGAAUCAGCUGAGUUUGGGGAUGCCACCCCUUUGGGUUUAGCAGGAUCUGCUCAAGACAAAUUUGGGGAAUGGGAAACGCAAUCUAGACAGAACGGUUGGUUGUCGGUUUCUUCAAGCAGAACGGACGCUACAUCCAGACCUGUUAACCAUCACCGUUUUGCCGGGGUUGAGGGAAAUUUGAGAGCUUAAACCGGAGCUUGUUUUGCAGUUGACACACUCUGAGCAUGCUGGGACGUGAGUCAGGCAUUAUGGAUCCCGAGGAGCAGGAGCUGCAGAAUGACUACCGUUACCGUAGUUACGCGGCAGUCAUCGAGAAGGCCCUGCGGAACUUUGAGUCAUCCAGUGAAUGGGCCGACCUCAUCUCCUCUCUGGGUAAACUCAACAAGGCCCUGCAGAGUAACCUGCGCUACUCUCUGCUGCCCAAGAGGCUAAUCAUUGGGAAGCGUCUGGCCCAGUGUCUGCACCCGGCCCUGCCCAGCGGAGUGCACAUCAAGGCCCUGGAGACCUAUGAGGUCAUCUUCAAGAUCAUCGGCACCAAAUGGCUGGCCAAGGACCUCUUCAUCUACAGCUCCGGGCUGUUCCCGUUGCUGGGCCAUGCUGCAAUGGCAGUGAAGCCAGCCCUGUUGACGCUGUAUGAGCGCUACUACCUCCCCCUACAGAGGGCCCUACUGCCCAGCCUACAGGCCUUCAUCACUGGACUACUGCCUGGCCUGGAGGAGGGGGCUGAGGUUUAUGACAGGACGGAUGCAUUGCUACUGAGACUGUCUAUGUUGGUGGGCCAGCAGGUGUUCUAUGGGGCUCUGUGGGGCAGUGUGUUGGUCAGCCCUCUAGUCCGGCUGCCCGCCUCUCUCUUCAUCGUCACACACUUUGACCGCUUAACACCCCCGUACCAGCAAACACGCAUGCUGGGCUAUGACAACCGCCUGGUGGUGAAGGCGUUGUGUCUGUCUCUGCAGGACUCAAAUGUUCUGGUGCAGAGGAACAUGCUGGAGAUCCUGCUCUUCUUCUUCUCCUUGGCCACCUGCCUGGACCCAACCCAAGGCAGUAUUCCUAUGACUAGGGAGGACACGAUCAGAGUGGUGUCUGCUGCUUCCCUCACGCUGCUCCGCAGAGACAUGUCACUCAACAGACGCCUCUACGCCUGGCUGCUAGGCACAGAUAUUAAGGGGGGUAUGGUUGCUGCAGACCCUGACCUCUUCAUCUCCAUGGAAGAACACACAGCCUUCUACUUCAACACCCACUCCAGAGAACUCUUAGUGCAGGCUUUGAUCAACAUCUUGAAUCGGAAGGAUGUGGAGGCGGACCCGGAGAGCGUGAUUGGUUAUCUACGACCCUUCCGCAUCAUCAUCAGCCUUAUAGAUAAGCCAGAGAUAGGUCCUCUGAUAGUGGGCAGUGUGUGA